GACUAUACAACAGAUAAAGUCUAGUUAACAUAAACUAAAGAACAGAUUUAGUGGGUAAUAGUAAAGGUCUUAUAAAAAAUUCAUUGAAGAUGUGGUACUUGACAGCAGUCUGAAAAUAGGAACUGGAAUGUUCACCUGAUCGUGAAUUGUUUUAAUUUUAUAUUUCAAUUCGAAUUUUCACUUUGACCUUUGAUAAAUCUGAGCCUUAAUAGUUUAAAGAGAAAAUAAUUUCAUCUGCUCAUGAAUUGUUUUAAUUCUAAAUUUCAAAAGUUUUACCCUUUAACUGGCUAACACCGUACCAUAUUUUGCAUUUACAAAGAUGUGACUGAUGUGUUGUACCUAACAUUAAACUUUCAUAUAAAAGAACAUCCCCUCUGCUGUUCCAACAUGUGCACUAAAUUAUGUAUAUAUAAAUGUAUAUAUAUUAUUUUCAGUAGUUACCAGCUAACAGAUAAAUUCUUUUAUAAUUUAGCCUACUUCGACAUAUCCAAAGAACGUGCACAGAUGAACAUCGUGAGUUGUGAACCACCUACGCUGCAAUCCACUAGAUGGUCUGAAGACUUUAAUGAUUUUGUGAAGCUUUGCUUAACAAAAUCUGCUCAUGAAAGGCCGACUGCAGACAAUCUUCUUGGGCAUCAAUUCAUAACCAAUCAGCUAAAUAAUGAUGAGGCUAGAUUGGCAUUCAUACAUUAUACGAAUCAAGCUCAGAAUUAAGUGCCCCUUACUGCUCAUCUAUAGUGAUGGGCGAAUUUCUCCCGUUUUAAUGAAAAAUUCACCAAAUUCGCGAAACCGC